UAUAAAGAGAAAUUCGAUUAACAGCAAUACAGUUGUUAAUAUUAAUACUGUAUUUGAGAAUCCUAACACUGCAGCUGUGAAUCUUAAUACUGCAGCUGUGAAUCUAAGUACUGCAGAUGUGAUUGCCAAAAAAGAAGUACUCGAUGAAACAGAUGAUAUACUGAAUAAAAGUUUGGUAACAAACACAUCAGAUGUAAUCAAGAUAUUGCUAUGGACGAGGUGUUUCGGGCAUCGCUGUCUUCCCCUUGGGACUGACGCGUUCAAGGACUGUGACGUACCUCAUUGUGAAGUUAUCAACAAUCGUUCUCAAAUAGAACAGGCUCAGGUAGUUAUGUUCCACACCUGUACAGUAAAUAAUCUAAACGAUGUAGGAGGGCCUCCAAAGUACAGAUCACCAAGCCAAAAAUGGAUUUUUAGAUGUUCCGAACCACCAACUAAUAUACGAUUAAGGAAGUACCCAGGAAUGAGCGAUGCAUUUAAUUUCACAAUGACAACCAGGUUGGACUCUGAUUUUCACAUGUAUCAUGGUCUCUACACAAUUAAUCCUAACCCCCCAAAAGUACUCCCUGAUUAUACAAGGGGUAAGACUAAGCUAGUGGCGUGGAUUGUCUCUCAUUGUCACACAAGGAGCAGGCGCGAAGUCUACGUGCAGAAAUUGCAGGAGUUUAUUCCCGUUGACAUAUAUGGUAGAUGUGGAUGGCUUGACUGUCCUCGUUCAAAAGAAGCAGUAGAAGAAUAUGAAUGUUUUAAGAAUGUUGGUGCAACUUACAAGUUCUACCUCUCGUUCGAGAACUCUGACUGCAGAGAUUACGUCACUGAGAAGGUUUGGAGGAAUGCGAUCAUGAUGGACAUAUUGCCAGUCGUCCGUGGAUUCUAUAACAAUUUCAAGACAAUCCUACCACCAGGCUCCUACAUUCACACUAACGAUUUUCCAAAUCCUGAAGCACUUGCGAAAUAUCUGAAAUACUUGGAUAAAAACGAUACUGCAUAUAAUGAAUAUUUCUCGUGGAAGUUAACAUA